AUGAACAGCGCCGAUUCCGGAUGCCACGGAAGGGGAAGCGUUCCGAAGCAGCGAAGCGCCGAUGGAGGAAGCUGGACCUUUGAUCCACAGACGGGCCAGACCAGCGCACCCCAGCAGCCUGGGUCCCCACCCUCGACGACCAGCGAGGGGACCACCCUGCAGUCUCCCACGAAGAAGAGAGCCAGGUUCCAGACCUCCCCUCUGGCCGACCAGCCCCGUGUGGUGGAUGCCUGCUCCGCCACUUCUUCUGUGGUUGCCCAGGAGUCUCCGGCCAGACACCAGCCUCUGAGACACGUCCGAGGCACUGGGCGGCGCCACACCGUGCGGAAAUGGCCAGUUUCUGCAGUGACUGGGAAGAACCACAAGCUGGUCAUUCCAGCCGUGGCUCAGGGCAAGCGGUUUGUCCUAAUCGUUGGAGACUCCCAUCUGCGAGCCAUUGCAGAUGGAUUUGUGAAGAUGCCAGAGGGAACCUUGUCUUUUGGUGUGAUGUCCACCCCGGGUGCCACGGCGGCCCAGUUGUGGGCUGAGGUGCAGAAUGCGGUUCUGUCUCGUUCUCCCGAGGCGGUCUGUGUUUUGGCACCCAGCAACAACUUGGGUCGUCCCGUUGGCGAGGCAGCCACCGACUUCGGGCAGCUCCUGACCGCCACCUGCAGCCGCUGGCCUAACGUCGUCGUCGUGGACUUUCCUCCACGUCUGAACGUCGUGGUGGCCCAGCAGGAUCGUCUGCGCCGGGAGUACCGUCGGGUGGCAGCUAGUAUGGGUAUUCCCUACCUAUCCUCAGCUGACCACUUCCCGCUGUCACGCCUUGAGAUGUGGUGUAGGGAUGGCGUACACCUCAUUGACAGCGAUGGGAUGCCUGUGCUUGCCAGGUUGCUGUGGGUUGCUGCCCGCCGUCAGCUGGAGAGUACCGCACCCGCCCCACCCCCUCCACCUCCGCCACCAGCUCCUCCUACGUCACCGCCGGGCGAGCCCCAUCGUCCUUGGUCGUCCCUGUUCCAGAAGCUGGAGACGACUGCACCACCGGCACCUUCUCUUCAGACGUCCCCACCGACGCGAGUGUUCCUGCCGAAAGUGGUUGUGAAGGGUGAGGUCACCGUGCAGCAUCCUUCCAACCCUUUUGACUGGACACUCAUUGGCAGCGCAGAGGGGAGGAGUCGGCGUGUCAAGUCCAAGGUGCCCCGUGACCCCAGCAAAGGGAUGUGCAAGCAGCAGGAGGACCUGUUGCAGUGCAACAUCCCUGUGAACCCUGUGUGGUUCAGCCCGCCCAUGCUGGUUGCAAUGGACAAGCUGGCUCCAUCGCAUCUUCCAAGCCCUGAGACCUCCACAGUUAUCCCCAAGGGCAAGAAGGCGGUGACUGCAGAGUGCCAACGGCGUCGUCCAGCCUCCAAGAGGAGAGUGGGAGAGCUGCAGAUGGAGGCAACACCGCCACCUUCCUCCACGCCAGUGCAGCACAUUGUACAGGAUGAGGCCAGCUGGAUGGAGGAAACACCACAUCGUGUGGAGCUGCCUUCCACCCCAACACCACCUUGCAGUCCCGGGCCAGUGGUCGUCACAGAGGAGACGUGUGUGCCAUCCUCCACACCACCACAGCACAUUGUCAUGGAUGGGACCAGCUGGACUGAGGCGACACUGGCUACUGUAGAUCUGCCGUCAACACCAUCACCGCCUUGCAGUCCAGAGACAGUGGUUCAGAGAGACAUUUGUGCAAAGUCCUCAUUGCCACUACUGCACAUUGUCCUGGAUGGGACCAGCCAGGAUUGUGGCACAGAAGCUGGUCGACGCAUUCGUACCGUCCGGGCCACUCACUCCCAGAUGGAUUUGAGCUACAGAGGAGAACAGGUUCAACUCGCAUUCUGAUACCAACUGCAGGACAUGACAGAAAAGGGAAAGGACAAUCCUUUACACAAACAUUUCCCGGACGUGUUAAUACUUCCUGUUCCUGUUUUAAUACGUAGUUACCUACCACAUACAUAUGUUCACUAUGCCUUUUUGUUCUCAAGCGUUUGCACCUUUAUGUAUAAAGACCAUUAUUAUGCAUAAUCAUGCUGUACCAAACAUUUUUCUAUUGUAACCUAAACGGUCGAGACAGACGGCUGCCCCACUGAGCCUGGGUUCUGUCCAAGGUUUCUUCCCAAGUGGGAGUUUUUCCUUGCCUCCGUUGCCAGGUGCUUGCUCAUGUGGGUUUCUGUUGUUCAUUUAUGAUAAACUUGAGGCUAGACCAAACUAAUGAUGAUAAUAAUAAUGUGAACCAAAGUGCCUCAAGAUCACUUGUUUUGUUGUGAGUUGGUGCGAUAUGUCAUUGAACGCUUCUUUUAAUUACUGCUGGGGUUUUUUUCUGAAAUAUUUGAUGUGCCUUGGGCCGCUGACCUAAACUGUUGAGUUACAUACGGGACAUGUUGCCUUGCUACAUGAAGUGUUUGUCAUUGAUUUUAUCUUUCUAUAUUACAGAAUAUUAUACAUCACAAUACUGUUCAUAACUGGUGUAAUUGUUGACAUUUUGACUUCAAGAAUUUAAGGCUUUGUUGCAUCUUGUGGUUCCUUUUUAAAUAAACUGU